AAUGGCAACAAUUAUUGAACCGGUCCAUUCAAAUCAAAUCAAAAACAUUAAGUGCUGCUUGAGAAACAUGGGUUAUUCGUAAUAUUACCGACCAAUUCAUGUUUGUAAUUUUAAAUUUUAAUUCAGAUAAAGAUUAUAUUUCUCUUAGCACGUAGAAUAACUCUCAUCAGAGCUUUCAAGAAAAUUUUCCUGGUCAGAAAGAAAUGUAUCGUUCUAACGAGCUGUGUUGAAAGUUGAUACAAAAGCUAAUUUACUACCUCUAGAUUUGAAGAAUGACUUUCAAUGGAAAACAAGAAUGUUCCUCAUUGCCAGAACUAGGUUUCAGGUUUUGCAUUAUUGGAGAGGAGCUCAAACGAAAUGAAGAUUUAAUAAGCUCUGUUAAGCAUUUCAAAUUGCCCGUUGUGUUUAGUUGUAAUGGUCUGGAAUACAUUAACCAAGGUGCUGAGUUCAAUACAAUAUAUGUUUUGGAUGAGUUUGAGGGGGACACAUUUUACAGUCUUAACAAAGCUGGUCAGAGAAUUUUAGGUCCAACUACAGUCAUGCAGUAUGCAAAGAAAAACGAAUCUCUGCCUAACAACAUCCGACCAUUGUACAGUGCGUCAAUGAAAAACUUGGUUAUUAGUUUUUCAGGGUUUCGCAUAAAAGAACAGAUGAUGCAGUUUAGGCUGUUGCCUUUUGUGGGUUGUAGGCUAGCUUUUCUAGGUUAUCAAAGUGAUGAAGAACAACAUAUGAUUGAAAUAACCUUAAAAAAUGGUGGUGAAGUUGUUGCUUCAAAAGAUCCAACUUGUACUCACAUAGUUAUUGAAGAUGGUUGCAUCGUAAAUACUUCUGACUACAUCAAAGAUGCCUUUUUCUUAAAAAACGAGUGGUUUUGGACCUGCAUUCAAAUAGAAGCUAAAGCUGAUGAAGGAAUGUACAUUUAUGAAAGUCCGAAUGCAGCAUUGUCAUCAUCUUCACUAGUCAUGCCCAUUAGAGGCAACAAACGCAAAAGACUGGAAAGUGUUGCACGGCAGCUAAUCUUGGAGAGUCUACAAGAAAAUGAAAUAUUUUGUCCUGAGCCCAAGAAAAAAUCUGAAAUUGGUAAACUCUCAAUUAGUGGAUCCUUUCUGGACGCUACUAUGUCACCUGAUAAAUCUUUAGAAACAUCUACCAGUGAAAAUGGUUCAGAAAAAGUCAAAAGUCCAACUCUUGAUCUCCGUUCUCUGACACCUAGGCAGCAAGUUUGUUUCGAAUUGUUUCAGACUGAAAGCAAUUAUGUUGGAAUUUUGAACACCAUCAUUACAGUAUUUAAAGAACCAUUGGAAAAUCCUGAUCAAAUUGGUGGCAUACUAUUGGCUCCAGCAGAAAUAAAAAUAAUAUUUGGAAAUCUCCCACCUAUUUAUGAAAUUCAUUUGAAAAUUAGAAAUGAAUUAUCAGAGAUAAUUCACAAUUGGAAUGAUGAUCACAGUAUUGGCAACUUAAUAUUAAAUCAUGCACAUGAACUUAUGAAAUCAUAUCCCCCGUUUGUAAAUUUCUUUGAAAAAACCAAAAGCCUUCUGACAACCUGUGAUCAAACUAAACCAAGAUUCCACGCUUUUUUAAAGAGAAACCAAAGUAAACCAGAAUGUGGUCGACAAACUCUUCAGGAGUUGUUGAUUAGACCUGUUCAGAGGCUACCCAGCAUAAUUCUUCUACUCAAUGAUAUUUUAAAGCAUACCUCAAAGAGCAAUCCAGAUUUUCAAGCACUCGAGAAAGCUGUACAGGCUUUAAAAGAUGUUCUAAUGCAUAUCAAUGAAGAUAAGCGCAAAACUGAAGGUCAAGUCGAGAUGUUUGAUAUUGUGAAUGAUAUUGACAACUGUCCUCCUAAUUUAUUGUCCUCUCAUCGUAGUCUAGUCACCAAAGUUGAUACUCUAGAAAUAACGGAAUUACUGAGUAAAAAGAACUCUACUGUAUCUAUGUUCCUAUUUACUGAUGUUUUAGAGGUUUGCAAAAGGCGUGGCAGAGCCACUGUAAACACAUUGAAAAGCCCUGGAGUGGUCAGUUUAACUGCAGCUACCUCAAAAUCACAUAUUAAAUCAUACAAGCAUAUUGAUUUAAUCCCCUUGUCACACAUUAAACGAGUAGUAGACAUCACAGAAACUGAUGAUUGCAAAAAUAUUUUUGCAAUUGUAUUAUGGUCUACAAAAGAACUAAAGGAGCUUUUAUAUGCAUUUGAAUUGCAGGAUGACAUUGAUAAAGGUACAUUUCUACGUACCUUUUGUCGUCAAAUUGCUAAUAGUGUUUGUAAAGCUGAUGCCGAAAAUCUUCUUAUCUGCCUAGAUCCAGAACAAUUAGAUCUGCAUGACUCUGAAAACUCAAGUGGUGCUUUAACGAAAGCAUUGAACAAAACAAAGAGCAAACUAGGCAGAGCUUUGUCUAUGAAAAAAACACCUGCAAAACGAGGUUUAAGUAGAGCCGUAUCAACCAUAAUCAGUCCUUUAAGAAACCUAGGAACGCCUCGUAGUUCUAUGUCUACCUUAAGAUUAUCUUCUGUAACAAAUCUCACCCAAUUACCUAAUUUGCUUCCUGAAGCACUGCUUCCCUUCAGAAAUAAAUGGCGGAAGAGUACAAACAACAAUAAUGAAAAUCAAACAAGGAGCUUGUACCGCCCUCUCCGUGCCCUACCGCCUCCCCAGUUCACGGAAAAAAGAUGAAAAGCACCUCUCUUGGAGUUUUCUUUGGAAAAUUUAAUUUUUAACUCGCAUGACAUUUUGAACAGGGGUUUAAAUUUUGCUGAAUAUAUCGUAUUUAGUUUCAAUUUUCUUAUUAGUUGUUUUAAACAUUCCAUAUUAUAUGUUGACAGAUUAAGGUUGCUCAUACAAAGUAAAUGUUAAUUUUUUAUUUGUGAAUAUUUGUAUUUUUUCAACUUUUUUUAAAAACUAUUUACACAAAUUUUUGUAUUUAAAAGCUUGUUUAAGUGCAUAUUAAAAUCAAAGAAAACCUUUGUACAAUUUAUAAUAAUCUUGUGCUGCUAUUUUAAAUUGAAUUAAUUUAAAAAAUUAUUUUGUAUUUAUUGAUUAGGAUAAAGAAAUUGUUAUCAAUAACUUGUAAAUAUUGUAAUUAGAGAAAUAUAUUAACAUUUAUACUUUUAUCUGUAAAAGAAUUCAAAGACGUAAAAUUUUGUUUUAUUUCAAUGAAAGAAUCUACUUUUAGAAAAGUUUUUUAAUGAAUUGUACAUCAUAAAUAAGAAAAUAUUAUGUGCAUUAUAUUCUGAAGCUGUAUAAGUUUGUUACAUAAUGUAAAUAUAAUUUUAAUAAAAAAAAACUUUUUCAGUUA